AUGUCUCCGGGGACUCUGGGGGACCUGGCUUCCUUGCCGCCCCUCCCUCCAGUGCGUCCACCGCCUCCCUGGUCUGGAUGCGGCGCGUGCGCCCCCAGUCACUCACGCCUGCGGUGGAGGGGCGGACCUGCUCCCUGCGCCACCUCCCGCAACCCCCUCCCCUCGCCUGUCUGUUGCUUGAGGCCACUAAGGUGCUGCCACACAAGCCCCACCCCAGGCCACCCUGCGUGGAGCAGGAGACUCAAGACGGAGGUGCGGGAUGGACAAGAGGGACAAGGGCAGGGCAGGGGCUCCUGCGCAGACCGCGGCUUCUCGCUCUCCGGGUCUUCGGAAAACCCCCAAACUUCCAGGGUCUGUUCGGCCCCUCCCCCAGUAAUCCCCACAGCCUCCCGAGUUCUUGGAGCUGCGGGGCGAGUGCCCCCAGCCGAACGGUCCGGGGACAUUCGGACAGCCACCCUCCUGGAAGCUACUCCUCGAGUGGGAGCCACGCGGAGCGCUGGGGCAGGUCCCAGAAGCCCAGCCUCCAGGCUCCCAGCAGUGGAGGAGAGGGGCGCAGACUCCUGCCAAGACUCCUGGCCCAGGCUCCAUCUCUAUCCUGGGACGUGUCAGCGGGACCACCAGGCUAGGCCCUCUUGGGCAGAAAGGGCUCCGGCCCCAGCUGAGGAAUCUAUGGCAGAGGAAAACCCCCAGAAACUUCCAGAAGGACUGCCCUGAAUGCAGGGCAUGGAGAGGUAUGUGACCUGGGGAGGACUGGGGCUCCUGGGCAAUGAGGGGCACCAGCCUGGAAGUAUUGAUGACUCUUUGGCCUUCUGCUUUGUCCCUAGACUCUUCUGAGCCCACCCGAAGUGCUUCUUCCCCAGCUAUCUCCCGUCGGUCUCGGGGUGGGGGUGCUGAGUGGGGCUCCCCCGGCAGCUUCAAAUGCGCGGGCCGCGACCACCGACUGAAGUCCCCAGGAAAUCAGUGAGCAGUGCCACAGAGCGUAGUACCCGUGGAGCCGAGCCCCGUGGCUAGGCGGCGACCCAGCUGCGGCGGGAGCCUCCAGAGGCCAGCCUCGCGCCCCCUGGGCUCCAACACCACCCUUUUGUCCUCUCCAGCCCGCUCCGGGCCUCGCUAGGUGGAACAUCUGGGGCGCUGGGGCAUCCCUCGCAGGCCAAACCGAAAGGGCUGCAGGCUCCGCGUCCACGGCAGGUCGCACCCCCAAGGAAGGGCACAGCCAUCCAGCAGAGCCUUUCUCCUCUGGCUGUAUCACCUCCACCGCAUCCGACUGCACAACUGGCACCGCCUGUCCAUAACACAGGCAUUCCUCUGAGGAACACGUCUCCUACCUCUCCACCGACUGCGCCUCCUUCCCAGUCCCUUACAAGUCCCUUGGCCACGCUCUUUCCACUAGCACCUCUUCCCUCUGUUCCACCCUCUCCACAGCCCCUCCCCUGUCUGCGAGACACACUUCCUUUGCCAGCCCCACUCACACACCUGGACACAUCCUUUCCUGAGGCACCCAUCUCUCCCACGGCCAAUUUUCUGGCUCCAU